AUGGAGAAGAAAAUAGUGGCGGCUGUGAUUGCUUUUUGGCUAACGCUUUCUUUUGGGAGUGGAAGCACAAGCGUGGCUAACGACAUUUGCACAGAAGCCAUUACUAGGUUGCGCAACUGCCUCCAAUUCUUGACUACUACUGCCCCAUCACCAUCUCUUGCUUGCUGCGAAGCUGUGGGAUGGGUGAGUCAACAUGCUACCACCACACAAGACCGUAGGGACCUCUGUAAAUGCUUAAAGAGCGCAUCUCUUGCUUACAAGGUUGAUCCUACCAGAGCUAAGGAACUUCCUGAUGUGUGCAAAGUCUCUGUCCCCGUGCCCAUCUUACCCCAAAUCGACUGUGACAAGAUCCAGUCUUCCAUUGAUUGA